CCCGCCGUGAUGCCCAGUGACUCCCCGGCCUUCAGCAAGCCCCCGGACGCCGCGGGGUCGGGGGACAAGGCGGGCGGCUUCGGGAAGGCGGCGGCCCUCAUGGCGGCCGCCCCAGCGGACAGGGUCGCCGCCGCGGUGGGGAAGAAGCCGCCGCGUCUGCCCAAGUGUGCCCGCUGCCGCAACCACGGCUACUGCUCGCCGCUGAAGGGGCACAAGCGGUUCUGCAUGUGGCGGGACUGCCAGUGCAAGAAGUGCAGCCUGAUCGCCGAGCGGCAGCGGGUGAUGGCAGCGCAGGUUGCGCUGAGAAGGCAGCAAGCUCAGGAAGAGGAGCUGGGAAUCAGCCACCCAGUGCCCCUGCCCAGCGCUCCUGAGAUGUUUGUGAAGAAGAACAGUGGUGGCAGCUCUUGUCUCUUGUUGGAAAGCAGCAGCCCUACGCACUCGACAAAUACAUCCAUGGUGGCAGCUAGCACACCGUCAGAGGGGCGGAUGCUCAUUCAGGACAUCCCUUCCAUCCCCAGCAGAGGGCACUUGGAGAGCACGUCUGAUUUGGUUGUCGACUCCACCUACUACAGCAGUUUUUACCAGCCGUCCCUGUAUCCUUACUAUAACAACCUGUACAACUACUCCCAGUACCAAAUGGCAGUGGCCAGUGAGCCUUCCUCAAGUGAGACGGGGGGUGCAAUUGUAGGGUCGGCCAUGAAAAACAGCCUUCGAAGCCUCCCAGCAACUUACAUGCCAAGCCAGUCAGGAAAACAGUGGCAGGUGAAGGGCAUGGAGAGCCGCCACGCUGUCAGCUCCCAGUACCGCAUGUGCUCCUACUACCCACCCGCCUCCUACCUGGGACAGGGUGUUGGUGCUCCCACUUGCCUCCCCCAAAUCCUGACCUCUGAGGACAUCCCUUCCUACUCAGAGUCAAAAGCGAGAGUGUUUUCGCCGCCCAGCAGCCAGGACUCCGGCCUGGGGUGCCUGUCCAGCAGCGAGAGCACCAAAGGGGACCUGGAGUGCGAGCCCCCCGCGGAGCCCGGCGCCUUUGCGGUGAGCCCAGUCCUGGAGGGCGGCGAGUAG